AUGGCUGGUCCAGGUUCUCAAGUAGAGAUCUUUUGCAGCCUCGCUGAAGAGGAACUUCAAGAGAUCCUGCAGAAUGCCCAACGCAGGCAAGAGCGUCAGUUUGAAAACAUUGAGGUCUCCAAAGUCUACGUCACACCAGCCAACGCCAUGACCUCUAUGUAUCGAUUGAAGGAACUUCCACUGGAAAGCUAUGACCAGUGCUUCAUCCUGGCGGAUGCCUCUUCCGGCGUGGACCGAGCAGAUGAGCAAACCGUGGCCAUGGUACUUCAAAUGCAGUCGAUCCUCCAGGACAGAGACCCUGAGAAGGAGUUUCAGCCCAUGGUCGAAAUUUGCACCAGAACUGCAGAGGAACAGCUGUCAGGGAUAGGCAUUCAGAACAUGAUCAACACCACUCUAUUGGUGUCCAAAGCAAUGGCAAUGGUCACCAUCAGUAACAUCAACCAUGGUGUCCUGAGUGACUUGCUCUCUGCAGAUGGAAACAAUAUGGACAUUAUGGAUUUGACGGACUACUUGGCAGAGGGUGAGGAGCUACCAAAGGUCUUGACUUUUGCAGAGGCAUCAGCCAUCGUGUCUCGCGGUGCUCAGCAGGUGCUCAUUGGAUGGAGUGCAGAUGGCGACUUCGAAGUCAACCCGAAAAGCAAGCUGACUCCGAGAGCCUGGACGGCUGAAGAUCGCUUGGUGGUGAUCAAAGACGUUUGA